CCCAAUAUAAACAAAUGUAAUGCAACAUAUGUAAUGUAAUUGUUUGACACCUGGGAAAAUUUCAUAUGAUGCUCAAAAUUUAAAGACAAAAUUAUUGCAAAUUUCUUCUUGGCCUUUCAAAAUUAACAAUUUGGUUUUUCACACCAAAAAUGUAUACAAUAAUUAAAAUUUUGGUUUUGACAUUCAUAUCAAUUUUCACCUAUGACACGAUAAAUUUUAUAUCGCAAAAAAGUGUAAAGCCUCAGACUGAAUUAGUAGAUGUGCGAAAGAAGUUGCAACCUGAAAUCAAGAUUGAAAUGCCACCUCCAGAAGAAUAUGAUGAUGAUUGCAUCCCGGGCUUAAUAGUAUUCUUCUGGAUUGCAUUUAUUGCUACUUAUGUAUUCUCUCGGUUUCGAAAAUCAAAGAAGAUCAGUGCAAUGCCUUCUAUUGAGUGUCAACCAAGUAACGAGGAAGAAAUGGGAAUAGAUGAUGUUAUAAUGACAAGUCUUGCAUACGAUCGAGAAGAUAUUUUACAUCCUUCGUUGGCAACUGUAUCUGAAUUUAUUAUUGUCCAACCCAAUGAGCAUUUCAGAAACGAGAAUACAAUAGAUUAUCAAGUAGAAUUAGAACAAUCUAAACCCGAUAUUCCAGAACUGUCGUUCAGAGUCGACUCUACAGAGUUGGAGACUUCCAAAUUGAUGGAAACUCUUGAUUCCUGUGCUUCAAAUAUAUUUGACUAUACUUGCUCAAAUCCGAAGGAAGAGGAAAAAGUCUCACUUUCUGACAAUGGAAAACAGAAUAUCGUCAUUAUUGAUUCGUACAAGAAUGAAUAUGCAGGGCUUGUUGAAAUAAGCCACUCUGCAAGCACACAAUCAACGAUAUCAAAUGCAAAUUUGAUAAAUGAAGCAAAUCCCUAUCAACCGGUGUUGUCGGAAAUGAAAGAUCUGGAAAAUUCAUGUCAAUGCAAUAUAGAUAAGUUUGAAGAGAGAUUAGAGGCAGUCGAGUCUAACCUAAAAUCAACUGAGACUGUGACUAAACAAUGGGGAAAGAGGAUUGAACAGGCAGAACAAGAGUUAAUUAAUCUGCAUAGACAGAUGUAUACAAUAUUGUCAAAAGCACAGUUUAGGCCACCCAGCGGUGAUACCAUUAAUAAUUUAGGGCAGGACAAGGAAAUUUCUUUCAAACAGUUCACCAGUGAAAUUACCGAUGUUACUAAAAAUAUAACACCUUCUACAGUCGAUCCUUACAGUACAGUUCCAAAUAUUAUUGCAGAAGCAAAGAAACAGCUCGAGGAAGAAGAGUUGUUUAAAAAAUCAUGGAAUAGUGCUGGCGACAAUAAAAAAAACAUUACUUGGCCAGCUGAGAAAGAGGAAGUUGUGGAACUUCCGGAAAGCAUGGACAAAGUAAAGGAUACAUUCGACUGGAAAGAUAAUCUAAAAACCGAUGUUUCUAAACAAAUAGAGGCCGUGAAAAGGCAAAUCGAAAGCCCUACCCAAUCCAAUUCUUGUAUUACUACACGUAAAAAAAAUGUCGGAAAGCCAAAGAAGUCGGUGAAAUUUUUAGACACACAGAUUUCAGAGACUGGAGUGUUGAAUCCAACUUGCAUCGAAUCCAAAAUGAAACGGGAACUUCUCAUAAAACAGGAAGAACUCAGAGAAUUGUCUAAGUCGAUAUUUAUGUAUUGUGGGAAUAAAAAGUGUAAUCACGUAGACAAUUACAUCGACAAAGUUCAAGAGAUUACUGGAACAAACGAGAUGGACGAGACAACUACAGCUUUUUCGGAAUUGUUAAAACUUCCAAUAAGCGAUGAUGACUGAAGGACAUAUACGAUUUGCCUGUACAACAUUAUCUGGCAAUAAGGUCAUUAAGGUGUCCAAAUGCCCAACUUACAUUGGAACAUUUAUCCUCAAAUUGCCUCAUUCUGGCCAAUCUGGUUAUCAUUGCAGGACAUGUUGACAUUAACUUCAACAAGAAAUUAAUCAUAAAUACAAAAUAUGGCAAUAGUAAAGCUUCAGAUUAAGAGAGAAAUUCUCAUCGAUGUUUGAAGAUUUAUUGUAUGAUGAAGAUGUGUUUAUGUGGCUGUUGUUUAAAUUUAAUUAGUGAUCUCCUUUGUGAUUUGAAAUAAAAUUUUUAAAUUAUUAUA